CGCUUUCAACAAAACUGGGACGACAUUGAGUCCUACCUAUAGCAAAACGUUAGUUUCGCUUCUACCACACAAGAGAUCUUGUUUUAAAAAAAUGGCUUUACGCUUGGCUGCCCAACUUGUAGUCGUUAUCGCCAUGGUCCAGUCUACUGUUACCGAAAGGAGGAUCUUGUUAAAUGAGGAGUUUGACUCGAUGGAAAGAUGGGAGCACGUUGUCACAUCCUAUCGAAUGGGCGAGAAUCAAUUUCAAUAUUACACCCGUCGACCAGAAAACAGCUUUUUCAGAGACGGAAAACUAUUCAUUAAACCCACUUUAACGACAGAUCGUUUCGGUGAAAACUUUUUACAUAAUGGCAAGUUCAACCUGAAGAAAGAGGGUUGCAAUUUAGCUGUGGGCGGAGGAUGCGUACUUAAAGCGGACCAUGAUAUAGCCAAUCCUAUUCAGUCAGCUGCUUUAGUUACAAAAACAAAGUUUACCUUUACCUACGGGACACUGGAAGUUCGAGCAAAAAUGCCCCGUGGUGAUUGGCUGUGGCCCGAAAUAUCCCUGAUGCCAGCGAAUAAUGUCUACGGUGAUUGGCCGAAAUCAGGCUAUAUCGGUUUAGUAUCCGUCAGAGGGAACGACAACUUUACUUGCCGUGGACAAUCGAUGGGCAAUGACGUAAUGGAAUCAACUUUAGAAUGGGGCCUUAGUGAAGAUCUCAAUCACACCAGAUCAAUGACGUGGAUGAGCAAAGCUCAAGGAAACGUUAGCUUUUCGUCUGAUUUUCGAACCUAUCGGUUAGAGUGGAAUCCAGAUGGUCUUCACUCAUUUGUUGACGAUCAGAUCGUGGGUUCCAUACAGCCACCAGAAGGAGGUUUUUGGGGAUUAUCUGGAUUUAAUAACACAAACCAAAAUCCUUGGGCUAAUGGUACUAUAAUGGCCCCAUUUGACCAAGAGUUUUUCAUUGCUAUUAACGUGGCAGUCGGUGGUGAAUUAUUUCAAGACAGCUGCGAUAAUUAUCCGUACCCUAAACCAUGGAACAACUCCUCCCCUGAUACGCCCAUGAGCUCAUUUUGGAACAAGAAAGAUGAAUGGUACCCCACCUGGUCUCAGUCAUCGGCUGACGAUUCUGCGUUGCAAGUUGAUUACGUUCGUGUCUAUGCCCACUAGCAACAAAUAAGCAGAUUAGGCAUAUCAUAAAAUCUCUAUUACAACAUUCACAUAAUUUGCUAACCUAAAGGCAUACUUCUUUAUUAACGCUUGCGUAAUUCGCAAAGUGCCAUAACGAGGUUUAAAAAUUGCCGAAAUCAAACUUAGUAAAUAAACAAACAUUACAUUUGCUCCUUGCAAAAACAAACAGA